UUCAUGACUAUAACCUUAAGUCAAGUCAGUGAAAAUUUCAGGGUCUCUCUAAAUGGGGUCUUUGUAACCUUAUCACAAUUUUACAAGUUGUCGCAAGAAAAGCAAUUUUGUGAGGAAUGUGCUUUCUGUCAUAAGAAGUCCUCUUGCAAGCAGUCAACUGAAUGUGAUCUCCGAAGUAAAUCGCUCAAACAUGUGUUAGUUUCUCACAGAAAAGACUCAUAUUCACGCUUUGUACUUACCUAUCACCGUGCUCUCGCCUACUCACUGGCCUCGACAGCGAGCAGGCCAACGGCUUCAGUAAAUUGCAUCUGUAGUUCCAUUCUUUUAAGCAGAAUCACGCUUUAGUCAUCCAUUCCCUCGUAGCUAGUAGAGAUGCUCCUAAAAUGCUUGGGCCGAAGCUCGCGGAAAGUAGGGACUUGUUGCAUAUACACGAGUUGCUUAUCAAAACAACAACAUAUGGAUAAAACCUGUUGGACCCCGGUCGAGCUAAUCGAACCCAGCGAACAUAAAAAUUUCAACUAUGCUCUUCUAGUACUUAACACAAGGAUAGCAUUGCCAAAGACAGUAACGUGCUCACUAUGGCAAAAUGCCAAACAUCGAGUUCUGGUGGACGGAGGAACGAACCGUUGGCUCUCUUUUCUACAUGACCUUCCAGACGAAGGUCGGGAAUUGAAAAAUCCUGACGUGGUUAGUGGAGACUUCGAUUCAGUCAACGAGAAUACACUGGAAUUCUUUAGAGAAAAAGGUGCUACCAUAGAGCCUACCCCAAAUCAAGAUGAAACUGAUUUCACAAAAGCAGUUCGGUUGCUGGAACCUAUUCUUGAGAAAAAACAAAUAACAUCCAUCAUAGCUAUACAAGAGCAUGGAGAUCGUUUCGAUCACAUCAUGGGGAAUAUAAACACCUUAUACAAAGCAAACAAAUUUCUAAAAGACACCCGAUCGUACUUAAUUAGUGAAGGUUCCUUAACGUGGCUUCUAGCACCUGGAAAACAUUCCAUUCAUGUUCCAAUGCACUUAGUUGAUAAUCAACGCUGGUGUUCAUUGGUACCAAUUAGCGGAAAGACGAUAGUAACGACAAAAGGAUUGAAGUGGGAUUUAGAAAAUGGUGAAUUAGAAUUCGGUAAACUGGUAAGCACAUCCAAUACUUAUGCAUCACAAAAUCUUGAGGUCACAACGAAUAAUUAUUUAUUAUGGUCCAUGGGAGUAUUUUAUUUUGAUUAGAGUUAACUUAAGAAUGCAAAAUAAAGCGCAAUUUUGAACGCAAUUAUUUUUGAA